AUUAUAAACGUAUAAUCGAUCUGACUUGUAGUCUCCGUGAUAAAAAAUGACGUAUUUUACAUUAUAAGGAAAUAUGUUAUCAGAUAUGCAUGCAGGACUAUUUUAUUUCGGUUUGUUAUUUUUUAUGAAAAUGACGCAAGUUACCGAUACAAUCUCUGAUAGUUGUCCUGCAAGGUCACACUCCCGUAAAAUUGACGAUGUAGACAGUGUUAUCAGCGAAAAGGGAGCAUUCACCAAAGGCCACCAGCGCCGUGGAAGUGAAAUCGAAUUCCAGGAGCUGACUCACCGAGAUGCUAAGCAGGCAAUGGCAAAAGAGCUGUACAAGCUCAUGAACACAGUGCCUACAGGAACUAAGGAGACAGUUGAAAAAGAAUUGGAUGGAUUCCAGCGGUUAUUUGACCGUUUCAUGGUGGAAACAGGACCAUCAGUGGAAUGGGAAGACAUUAAACUUUUACCCCAAGAAGCAGUAAGUACAGAGAAUGUUUACAAGAAUCCCAGUAAAGAGCCAGGAUGCAAGUUGUGGUAUUAGGCUGUAUUAAAGAAGACUUAUUAUUUUGAUAAUAAUUUGCGAUGCUUCUUAGGGUUUGUAUGAUGGUCAUAUGGACAUCUGAAAGAAGAAAUGUGAGAAAAUGAAUCAUUUAUAGAGAAAUUCUUUUUUUUUUUACAUUUCAUGAUUUGUGAUACAAGGUCACUUUUGAUUUGUUCAUAGAAGUUGAGAGACACAAAUGUUAGUCUAGGACAAUAAAUUAUUGCAAACCUGGAGUCUAUACAUGUCAAGUCUUAGUGGACAUUAAAGCCAUUACCUUUUGUAACUCAGAAUCUAAUUUGGUAUAUUUUUACCCAUCCCUUUCAUGAUGAACCUCUUCUUACUACUGAAAAACACAUCAGUCUAGUUCAGAUAAAACACCAUUGAUGGCAGGGCUAUCAUUUUACUAAGUGACCAGUGGUCUGUUUUUCUGAUUUAUGACUGGACACAAAGACCCCAGAUCUCUUGUUACCUCAUUCAAGUGAUUGAUAGUAAGUAAUUAUACACUGUGUUCAAAGACUGAAUUUUUGUAAAGCCAUUCUUUAUUGGCUUGGAUUUAAGGGA